AUGGCGACAGCGAGUGAGAUCGCGGCGGUGGGCGUGAUCGGCGCGGGGCAGAUGGGCUCGGGCAUCGCCCAGCUCGCCGCCGCCGCCGGCUGUGCCGUCCUUCUCCUCGACGCCGAUCCCACCGCCCUCUCCCGCGCCGUCGCCUCCAUCUCCGCCUCCCUACUCCGCCUCGCCGCCAAGGGCCAGCUCUCCCAGGCCGCGUACGAAGACUCAAUCAAGCGGAUAAGGUGCGUCUCCACCGUGCAAGAUCUCAGGGAUGCGGAUCUUGUGAUCGAGGCCAUCGUGGAGAACGAAGAUGUCAAGAAGAAGCUGUUCGUGGAGCUGGAUAAGAUCACGAAGUCCUCGGCCAUUCUUGCGUCCAACACUAGCUCCAUCUCUAUAACCCGCCUGGCUUCAUCUACCAAACGCCCCUCUCAGGUGAUAGGCAUGCACUUCUUUAACCCUCCUCCGAUAAUGAAAUUGAUCGAGAUUAUCCGAGGAGCUGAUACAACAGAUGAGGUGUUUGCUGCAGUCAAAUCUUUUUCCGAAAGACUCGGGAAGUCCGUUAUAUGCUCGCAAGAUUACCCAGGAUUCAUUGUGAACCGCAUCCUCAUGCCAAUGAUCAAUGAGGCUUUUUGGGCACUGUACACCGGAGUGGCAACCAAAGAGCACAUUGACACAGGGAUGAAGCUGGGCACGAAUCACCCGAUGGGCCCUCUGCAGCUUGCCGAUUUCAUUGGGUUGGAUGUAUGCCUUUCAGUACUUCGGGUACUUCACAGUGGCCUGGGAGAUAAUAAGUACAGCCCUUGCCCUCUUCUUGUUCAGUAUGUUGAUGCUGGCCGGCUUGGAAAGAAGCGUGGACUAGGUGUAUAUUCAUAUGGACAGAAGUCUUCAUCAGUCAAGCCAAAGUCGUCUCUGUAA